AUGAAGGUUCUCUUCCACUCGAAGAGUUACGAGCAUGUCAAGCUUAAAAGAACCGUCGGUUUCUUCUACGGUAUGCUGCUCGGCUUCAUGUUCUACGAGCUGAUACUGGUCGAUCUGGACUUCACCGAGUUCUCAUCGUUCGUCAUGGGUUUGAUUAUCACGCUGAUGCUGAGCUUCGGUAUCGCUUUCUCCACGCAGAUCAGAUGCAUCUCGAUGCUGGCAAUGCCCAACUUCGGAGGACAAGCAGGUAGAGGUGUCCUUAAGAGUUUAGUUUUCGCCUAUCUCCUAUCGGGACCAGUGGAGAACCUCACCAUCAACGGAAAAGAAGUGGUCAGAGUCUUCGGCUGCACCACUUCUCUGACCUUCAACUUGACAAAAACCAGAUUCGAGUUGAUGUUCAAACCGUUCUCCGACGCUCUCCUCCAAAUGAAAGCCGACGCGAACGAGAUCAAAGACACGAUCAGAUCCAUAAGAGAUGUAUCGGCUCCGAUAGCCGGAGAAAUCGAAGGCGAGGAAGAGAUGAAGAAGUUGAAGGAGGAAAACGAUUAUCUGGAUAGCACAAUGGAAGACAGCAAAAGAUCCAAAGAAUUGGAUGGUAAAUACAGAACCGAGGGUGAGAAGAGCGAGGCCAGAAGGUUCGAGGCGAAUUACCUGAAGAAGAUCGAAAUGCGUUGCCAGGAUCAGUUCACUAAAGCAAGUAAAAAGUGCAAAGGGAUGUUCGGGAAGGGCUACGACGUGUGCUACGACACUGUAACUUGGGUUGCGGCUUGGCUCCUGUGUUGGCCCAUGAAGAUCACGUUCAUCUGCAACAUUGCCGAAGCCGUCGGCGGAUCCGGAAAAUGCGAUCCAUCCAAGCACAUAGAUCCCGGUUUCGGUGAAGGUUACGAGUAUUUGAAGAAAUCGCGAGCGACUCUCUCCGAAAACUUUAAAAACGUCAAACUGCAAUACAAGAUUGGUAAAAUAAAGCAACUGGCAGAUCUCAGAGAUGCCACCGACACAGCUAAAGCCGUAAUCCACGAAGUCGAUGGUAAGAAGCAGACUUUAGAUACCAUCCUGCGCAUCUGCAAACGAUUGUUAGCUUUCGUCUUUUUGCGCAUCAUAAUCAGUUCGCAGAAAUACCACGAUCGCUAUUUGAGAGAUAUAGAGUUCGAUAAUCUGUACAUCACCAAAUACUUUAAGAAGAUCGAUGCAAGAAGGAAAUUGCAAGAGAAGCACACUCUGCUACCGCUCAAGAAAGUCGAAAGGAUGAAGCUGAUCGAUCCGUGGUCUUCGCGCGUGAUCGCAGUGGAGAAGCAGCAGAUGUUACCGCAAGUCCUGAAGAUGUUCCUCGAAAUGGUGACGGCAACGACGAUCAUCCUUCUGGACCGUCUCUUCUACGAAGCCUUGGAUCUGGUGCGGCGACAUGCCAAGUUGGACUUCUAUCAAGCGGGAAGUCACGAUAUGCUUCUUCAGGUCAAAGGGACCGGGAUGAUAGCAAGAUUGCUUCGAUCUGUGGUACGAGGCUUCAACAUCAAGAAACGCAUCAAGACAAUCAGAAGUAACGCCACCUGCCUUCCGCAACCCAACGUCUUAUCAAAUUACUACCUCUACAAGAUCUACGGAACUUACCUCUUCAUCAUGUUUUUCAUUUUAAUCCAAGCAUACACUCUUCGUUUACGUCGCCCCAUUUGCUCCAUCUUCUACAGGAAACGAGAAAAGCGGAGAGUUUUGUUCCUCUACAAUCAGACGCUGAAGAGGCGAAUAGGAUUCUUCAGGUACAUGAAGAAGAAAGUAAAGAAAAUGGCCAGAGAGCAGAGGCUGCAGCAGGAUCUGAACGUGUGCGCUGUUUUGAGGAUCCGCUUUCCCAAGAGGUGUCGUUGGUUGAGGAUCUUCAAGGUGGCAAGGAGGAAGUGCAUAAUCUGCGGGGAACCGGAACCUAGGAAGAUCAGUGGAAUUCCCGGUGAUUUCGGGAAGUGCAAGACUCCCGGUUGUUACGUGGUGCAUUGUCUGGAGUGUUGGAACGAUAUGGGUAGAGAGUGCUUCGCCUGCGCCGAAUCCGAUUCAGAGACGGAACACGAGGAUUCCGAUGAGGACCAUCACGAUUUCGAUUAG